CUUCUCUUCCGUAUCGUAAAAGAGGUUGUGUAAACUCCGCAGCUUCUCAUUAAAAGGGCUAUUGCCGUUAAAAUAACAAAAACAACCGAGCUGUCACCACAGAAGUCUCUCGUAUGAAGCUGCCCCGACAACACUGGGACUGAUUUAACCACUGGGAGUAUCUGCCGUUAAACACCGGCUAAUGAUGGAAGCCCUGCUGGAAGACGAGACUGGAGCUUCAGCCGGGACUGAAGAAGAGGAGCCGAAAGCCUCUGACGAAGCUGUCAGGUUCAUGUCCAGUGUUGAGCCUGCAGAGCUGCUGCAGUGUGUGUUUCCAGACUCUCUGGUGACUGUGUCAGAGGGCGGCCGACACCUGGGGAAGUUCACUGUGACGGUGGAGUUUGCCCGUAGAGUCCAGCAGCCUUGUGUGCUGCUGCAUGCUCAGAGCCAGGGAGCCAUUGAUGACUCCCCCUGUGGGACGACGGUGACAGCCUACCUAACAACGGACCUGGAGGUGCUGGAGGAAGAUUACCAUGAGUACGUCAAGCUCGAGGGCCACAGUUUGGACAAGAGGUGUCACAUGGUGCAGCGUGACGGGCAGAUGGUGAUCGAUAAAGUGACCAUUGUCGGCGAGGAGACAAAGAAGGAGAGCGUUUCUUAUCCCAUGUCUGUCCUGAGAGGGCUGGUUACCGAGGGGUCCAACUUGCUUCUGAUGCGCCUGAUCGCUCUGAGGAAGAAGAUGCCAGAGCACAUGACCUUCAUCUCCUUCGACCAGGGAUUACACGUCAUCCACACCACAUUUAGUGAGCUGGGCCUGAAGCAGCUGGAGGUCGGGGGUGAGUCUGUGGAGGUGUUUGGGGUGGAGAGGAUUGUUCACUCGGUGGAGGACAGCCCCACCACCUGGCAGUGCUACUUCCUGGCUGAUGGGCACCUGGCCAGCAGAGUGCAGGUGGGAUCCCCAGUCACCAUGAGGCUUCUGCAGCUGCCGUCACAGCUGGAGAAAGGUUUUGAGAAGAUUCCUCUAGUUUGGGAAGAAGACAUGCAGAUGCACUCCCAGUUCGUGGACAGAAAGGAGGAGCUGAAGGCGGACCAUGCCUCGUACCUGAGACAGCAUCCAGAGAUCCGUGCCCUCAUAUCUGACUUCCUGCAGUUCUUGCUGUUGAAGAAACCAGAGGACACUUUCCAGUUUGCCAGAGAGUACUUCUUCCCUUUCGCCUCCCGCUGUCCUCCAGAACAAAGCCCUGAAAACACACUUUAACAGCUUCCUGUUCCCUAAUCCUUUUAACUUUAUAUUGGAUUUUGAAACUGCAUUUGGCUACAUAUUUUU